UAGUAGUAGUAGCAGUAGUUGUAAUAGUAGUAGUAGUAAUAAUAGUAGUAGUAGUAGUAGUAGCAGUACUAGUAGUAGUACUAGUACUAGUAGUAGUAAUAUGAAUAAGAGUAAUAAAAUGUCUUCUUGUUGUCACGAAUGUCACAUGAUAAUAAUGGAUGAUAACUAUCAAAUUUUCAAAAAUCGGAUUUAUUGCAAGUCCGAUUUUAAUCGACUCUUCUUACUGCCAAAAUGUUCAGCGUGUAUGAAACCAAUUGAAAACCAAGUCGUUUCAGCUUUAGAUGGUAAAUUAGAAGGUCAAUGGCAUAUUCAGUGCUUUAAUUGUCAGAUAUGUCAUGCAUCAUUUCCAGAUGAAAAAUUUUAUGUCUUUAACAAUCAACCCUAUUGUAAAAGACAUUAUCAUAUGUUAAAUAAUUCUCUUUGUUAUCGAUGCCAUGAGGGUAUAGAAGACUUAUGUGCGCACACAGAAGAAGGAUGGCGAUUUCAUCCAGAUUGUUUUAUAUGUGAGAUUUGUCAAGAGAAAUUAAAUGAUAUUUAUUAUGUAUUUGAAAGGCGUAUUUACUGUAAAAGACAUAUUCAACCCUAUCCAUCCAGGUCAAUUACCUUAAAAAGAAGGACACAAAUGAUCUAAUAAAUAAUGUAUCCAUAAUUUACCAGAAUAUUUUAACCGUUGUUCUCGCCAUUAUCUUUUUUAAAACUCCGUAUAUAAUUAAAAAAAAAAAGCUAAAAAAAG